CACUGGGGCACCUGUGAAAUACAAUUUACAGUGGGUGUCCACAGAGGUUGCGUACCCGAGGCCACAGCAGCCAAGACAAAGCCGCCUGGCAAAGAAGGCGAGCGAAAAAAAAAUCCUUGAAACCGCCGUGGUUACCAGCAACCGGCCUCGCCCCUACAUCAUCGACAAUUUCUGAAGCCUGAGCAGCUCUCGCCCGUUUGCCAUCGCGAUUCCAUCGUAGUCGCAAGCUGCUUUCGAUUUCCUCAUCUCCUUCGUCUUCUUCCAUUGUACUCGGGUAUUCUUUUAUAUUUUAAUUGCUUGCAUUGCUUCUCCUCCCACCAUGUCGAACCCUCUUCCCUCGAUGCCCCCGGUGCCACCCGCCCUCCAGAUCAGCGCUCCUCCUAGCACCUGGGAGCGUCUUUCUUCCUGGAUCUCUGAGAACAAGGCCGUCGUCUACACAAUUGCCGGUAUUGCUGUUGUUGUCACUGGUGCCGGUGCCGUCUACUACCUCAACGGCGACGCGGCUGCCAAGUCGACUGCUGGUUCCAAGCUUAGCAAGAAGGAGCGCCGCAAGCGCAAGGAAGCCGAGCGCAAGGCCGCCGACGUCACCGAGACCUCCGCCACUACUUCUCAGCCCUCGACCUCCCAGCCCAAGGCUGCUUCCGUAGAGAGCGAGUCCGAUCUCCCCGAAAUCGAUGAGAACAAUGUCCAGACCUUCACUGCCCAGCAGCGCGAAGAAUAUGCCGCCAAGCUCAAGCAAGCCGGUAACAAGGCCUACGGCGACAAGGCCUAUAACAAGGCCAUUGAGCUCUACACCCAGGCUAUCCUCUGCAAGCCCGACCCCGUCUUCUACUCUAACCGUGCUGCCUGCCGAAGCGCCAUGAGCGAGUGGGAUCAGGUCAUUGAGGACACCACUGCUGCUAUCAACAUGGACCCUGAUUACGUCAAGGCCAUCAACCGCCGCGCCACUGCCUACGAGCACCAGAAGAUGUACUCCGAGGCUCUUCUCGACUUCACUGCCUCGUGCAUCAUUGAUAACUUCAAGAGCGAGUCUACCGCGCAAGCCGUCGAGCGUCUCCUCAAGGUCUACGCCGAACACCAGGCCAAGGAGAUUAUGGCUACCCGCACCCCCAAGCUUCCCAGCCCCAUCUUCGUUGGAAACUACAUCCAGUCCUUCCGCCCUAAGCCCCGCCCCGAAGGUCUCGAAGACUCGGACGAGGUCUCCAUCGAAACUGGUCUCGGCCAGCUGCGUCUUGGUCUUCAGGGUCUCGACAAGAAGACCUCUGAGGGAUACGAGGCCGCUCGCGCCGCCUUUGAGAAGGCCAUCGAGCUUGGUGAGCUUGGCAGCAACGAGGCCUACGCCUAUAACCUGCGCGGCACCAUGCGCACCCUUCUUGGAAACCACACUGAUGCUCUGAGCGACUUCGACAAGAGCAUUGAGCUCGACCCCUCGCUGACGCAGAGCUACAUUAAGCGCGCCAGCAUCAACCUCGAGCUUGGCGACCCUGCCAAGGCCGACGCUGAAUUCGCUCUCGCUCUCGAACAGAACAAGGAGGACCCCGAUGUGUACUACCACCGCGCCCAGUCUCACUUCAUCAAGGGUGAUUUCUCCGAUGCCCAGAAGGACUUCCAAAAGUCCAUCGACCUCGACAAGGACUUCAUCUUCUCUCACAUCCAGCUUGGUGUAACCCAGUACAAGAUGGGCUCUAUCGCUUCUUCCAUGGCCACUUUCCGUCGCUGCAUCAAGAACUUCCCCAAGGUUCCCGAAGUCUACAACUACUACGGUGAACUGCUCCUUGACCAGGGCAACUUUGCCGAAGCCGUUGAGAAGUUCGACACUGCCAUUGAGAUGGAGAAGCAGACCAAACCCAUGUCCAUGAACGUCCUUCCCUUGAUUAACAAGGCCCUUGCCCUCUUCCAAUGGAAGCAGGACUUCAAGGAGGCCGAGCAGCUCUGCCAGAAGGCCCUCAUCAUUGACCCUGAGUGCGAUAUUGCCGUUGCCACCAUGGCCCAGCUUCUUCUGCAGCAGAACAAGGUCCCCGAAGCCCUCAAGUACUUUGAGCGUGCUGCCGAGCUUGCCCGCACCGAAGGCGAGAUUGUCAACGCUCUCUCCUACGCCGAGGCUACAAGAACGCAGGUCCAAGUCACCGAGAAGUACCCCAAGCUUGCUGCCAAGCUCGCUGGCGGUGCUCCCGGCAUGCGUAUGUAAACCAACGAUACGAAUUAUAAAAAAAACCAAAAAUGGAUACCAGAAAAACCGACGGAAACAAAUGGAAAUAGGAGCUUAGGGGCAUCCCAGGCACGAAGCGAAUGGGCGCGCUUUUUGUAGGCUCAAGGGGAAGAUGGACAUGAACACGACGCUUCGAAAAAAAAAGGUCAAAAAGGAGGAAACGCAUGUGCUAUUUUUUGCAUCGAGAAACCUCUGGACUCUUGUUUUAUGCUUGUAAUUCUGUUGUAAAAGGCGACCCGGCAGUGGCUGCUGGAGCCAGUUUCUUUUUGUUUUUGCGUUUUCUAUUUUCUUGUACAUCUACCGCAUUUUUAAUGGACUUUCGACACCCUUCUCUCUCGAAAAAACUUGGGAAUCUGAAUUCGUAUUAUGUGCUAAAGUAUUUUGUUGAAUAUAAGAAAGAACAACAACUCGAAAACAUAAACUGGUAAUGUCAUAUACCAUCCACCACUCGUCCAUUAUAUACCCGGCAUUAAUCCUACUCCAUACUGUCGUUACAAGAAAAGAAAACUUGGAAUCUUUAGGUCGGCUUCGCUGCGAGUACCUCAGCCCUUCUUCAAGAGGCCCGCAUUGCCUGCAACGGCAAGACCAAUAAUCAGAGCAAUGAUGAUGAUGGCCACACAGAUACCAAAGCACCACCACUUCAGCUUGCGUGCUCGCUUGGCGUGCUCAACAGCCGUGCCGACCUGUUUUGUGCCCUGCUCGAUGUCUUGGCGCACAUUGGACGAAAUGUCCUCGGUAGCAGUGACUGUAGCAUCCUGCUGCUCAAUCUGUGUCGCAAGUUCCUGGUAGAGCAUGGAUAGCUCGACAAGCGUCUGCUCGAUGCGCUGCAGCUCGGAGUGGCGAGCGCGGACAUUACCCAGCAGAGACGUAGCGUGGCCGGUGCGGUUGGUCUUGAUCUAAACGAAAAAAUGUCAGCAUGUCUGGCAUAGUAUUUCAAGCGGCGGCUCUUACAGCUGUCUGGAAGACACCCUCGUCGCCCCAAUUGGCAUCGGCGGCCUGGCGGAUCUCGUCCUCGGAAGCAUCGGGGUUGACGAUGCGGUACUGGCGGGAGAUUUGCUCUCUGUACUUUUGGCGGUACUCGGACUCGAUGGCUUGGUACUUUUCGAGCUCGGAGCGGAAGAAGGUCUUGAUGGACUGCAGCUGGGUGCUCUUGGUGUUGCGCGACGAGUCGGUGGUGAGGGAGAGGUCGCGCUCCAGGCCCUUGAUGCCGUCCUUGAUGGCUGUGUUGCGGACCUGCGUCUGCGUAACGUAGGCCUCGAGCUGGUCCUUGGCCGCGCCGUCGGUGCUGCCCAGUGUGCGCUGGUGAAGCUGGCCAAUGUGGUCAAUGUCGCCGGUCAGCGAGCGGAUGUCGCUGCGCAGCUCCGACACGCGGUCGAGGAAUUCCUUUUGCGUCAUGGCCGGGCGGUGCGACUGGGUAGUAGUAUCGCCGGGAUACGGCUGCGAUUGGAGUUCAUAGUUUUCCUGGUACGGGUUGGCCUGGGAGUUGUAUGUUAGCCGUUGUCGCGCUCCGUCCGCUGCUGCUAACAAGAAGGAGCGAAAUCAAGAGUCAAUUAGGGCGGUAGACUUACCUGGCCGUAGCCGUGGGAAUCGCCGCCGGCAGGGCCGGUUUCGUAGGGAUUCUGCUGGUAGGAGGACAUGGUGGUUGGUUGUUGCUAGCGCUGGGGAUGCGCCGGAAGGUGGACGAAGGGUUGCAGGAAGAAGGAAAAUUGCCAGAGGGCCAGUCGAGUAGUGCGGCACGGGCUGACUGAUCCAAUUAAGCUUCUGUGCUAAGCUUGCUGGCCUGGCUUGUGUGUGUGGUGAAGGUUUGUAUGCUGUGCUCUAUUUUUCUGCGCUGGGCCGGGUUUGCGUAAGCGGGCAACAGCAGCGAACUGGGGAUCGUUUGGAGGGCCCGGAAGUGGCAGUGGGUGCUGACGACGAUUUUAGUGGGCGGCUUUGGUGGAGCAACGGCGACCAGGUGCAAGCAGUAAUGUCCGAAAAUAGGUACUUUUGCAGUAGGAGGGACCCGGCAGUUGUAUGCAGAAUGGGACGAAGAAGGGUAUGAU